AGGGUCUCUUUCGUCUGUAGUGUGUGGGCUGGCCCAGAGGUGUGAAAUAAUCAUUGUGGAUGUGCUUCUCCUCCUUAUUUUGCUCUCCCUCCUGGUUCAGUGUGUUUUCGGUCUUGCCUUGCCCACAUGAUUACUGCUGUAGUAGACGCUCUUUGAACAAGCACAAAGGAUGAGCCACUGCCGCUUUAUUUUUGUUUUCGCUUUUGCUUGGAAGCUUGCCUUCAGAGAGCACACAUCCUUUUUACCGUCCCGUAGAAAGCCAUAAUAUGGAUAUCUACUUGCUGCAUUUUGUUGUCAGCACGUACCUUUCUUUAUACUUCUUACAUAUUGCUCUUUUCCUCAAUGUUUACAGAGCUAACCAACAUCUUCUGACUAUAUCUCUAUGUAGCCUUUAUCGAGGGCCAAUAUCGCACUUUUUAACAAUGUCUAGUAAGAUACGGCGUUACAUUUUAUAAUACACUUGUACAUAAAUUAGCCGGGCGCCAUAUAUAAUCGGAACCAAACGGAAGCAUAACGAUAGAUAUCUGCAACAAAGCAUCCAAGGCCAUUUAAAGUAUGACUUCUGUAGCCUUAGUUUACUUUUGUUGACUACAUAAUACUGUGUAUCGCUAAGCGGUGCAGGUCACUGUUUCCUCAAAGGAGCUGCGCGCUUGUGAGAGCUAGAGUAUGCAUACUGGAAAAUAUAACAGCAGAUGUGCUAUGUCCCUUUCAAAGAGGGACCAGUAAGCAUGUAUAGAAAGCCGUGGGAUCUCACGUACAGGAUCUGGGCAC